ACGCUGCGCGCCUUGUACGUCCAGGUCGUCAUCGAUACGUUUCUUUGCGCGGUUAUCACAGUUAUGAUCUUCACUUAUUGGCGAUUUCAGUCGCACGACAUAAUGUGGACACGUGCACUCGUCGUGGCCGCGACAGUCAUGCUGUAUGCUGUGACGAUCUAUCUACUCUGGUUCGUUCAGUACUUCCUGGUGCAGAACUUUGGCGAACAUGUGACGUUUUUCGAGACGACACAUCUUGCUUGGUUCCCUGUGCUGGACUCAAUUACUGCCUCGCUCGCCCAGGGGUACGUCGCUCAUCGCGCCUGGCGUCUCAACCAUCGCAACCAUCUCAUCCUGGGAAUAGCAAUCUGUUUCCUGGCGAUGAGCUUUGGCGGCGCGGUCUGGACUAAGAUCCGGCUCGACAGCUUCGACUCGCUGCGCGAGGCGUUAUACGCGCGACGUCGACCCGUGAUUGUGUGGCUGUCGUGCGUCAUGCUCGCGGAUAUCGUGAUCACCGUCGGGAUCGGGUGCGGCCUCCUGCGCUCACGCACCGGCUGGGACCACACGGACAAGAUUGUGAACCGCCUCGUCCGGAUCAAUCUCGAGUCGCAGGUGCCCGCGACGCUCAUGGCAGCCUCGUUCCUCGUCGUCUUCAUCCUCAAGCCCCAGUCGCUCCUCAACUUCGUGUGGCAGGGCAUCCAGUCCAAGUUCUAUCUCAUCGGGCUGCUGUACACGCUCAACUCGCGCGUGUCGUUCGAGGUGCGGAACAUCAGCGUGUUCAAGCCGACGAUGGCGUCGCGCGACCUCGGAGGCAUCACGGUCGAGGUUGAGACGGAGACGUUUGAGGACCGCGGCGAAUCUGGGCUGCGCUCGGUCCCCGCGCCAGCGGAGAAUGAGACGAUCCCGCUCGAGCGGCUCGAGAGCGUGCCGUACCAGCGGUACGGGUCGAGCUCGAGCAUCCCCCGGCGCCAGGAUCCGGGAGCGCAGGAGGUGUCAGCGGCAGCGCCCACCACGCCUGGGGGGGAAAACCCGGACGUGACUCUCGUCGGGGAGUAUGUGUACAAACAGCACGAUUGGGAUUGA